CACACAAUCAGCCAGCCAAUCAGAGCUCGUUUCAUCAUCAAUUUUAAAAGACUUACUUCUUAAAUACACAAUUUUGUGGAUAUCUCAUCAUUUCAUUACUAUUUAAGGAAGAAACAAGCACAAAAUAAGACAGUCACAUAGUUUAUUAAAUUGUUUAGAAAAUAAGUCAUUUAAGAUGAUAAGUUUAAAGUUUUUCGGUCUCCUAUUUGUAUUAAUUAACAUUACCUCUGCAUUAUAUGAUAGCAGUGAUGAUGUUGUCCAACUUUCCUCAACAAAUUUCGAUAGACUUGUCACAGAUAGCGAUAAUGUGUGGAUUGUUGAAUUCUUUGCUAAUUGGUGUGGACAUUGUAAGAGUCUAGCUCCUGAUUACAAGAAAGCAGCUAAAGCAUUAAAAGGAGUUGUUAAAGUCGGUGCUGUUGACUGUGACGAACACAAAGAUUUGGCUGCAAAGUAUGGCGUUCAAGGAUUCCCCACAAUCAAGAUAUUCACAGGAAAGGACUCAACAGCAUAUCAAGGCGAAAGAACAGCUAAAGGAAUCGCAGAAGCAGGUUUAGUUGCAGCAAAGAAAAAGGUCAAGGAUCAAUUAGAUGGCAAAUCAUCAGGAAAAUCAAGUGGAAGUGAUAAGAGCUCGGGUGGUGACGAAGUUGUAGAACUUACAGACUCAAACUUUAAGAAAUUAGUUCUCGACAGCGAUGAACCUUGGUUGGUGGCUAUGGUAGCUCCUUGGUGUGGACAUUGCAAGAAUUUGAAGCCCGAAUAUGCCAGAGCAGCCAGAGAACUUAAAGGAAAAUUCAAGUUGGGUCAACUUGAUGCAACCGUUCACACAUCAACAGCACAAGAAUUUGGAGUUCAAGGAUAUCCAACAAUCAAAUACUUCCCAGCAGGCAAAAAAGACAGAUCAUCAGCUGAGGAAUACGAUGGAGGACGUCAAUCAAGUGGAAUUGUUGAAUGGGCUUUGAGUCGAUUUGUUGAAAACAUUCCAGCACCAGAAGUUUAUGAAUUGACAUCAGAAGAUGCAGCAAAGAAAGCAUGCGAAAAUAAGCCAUUAUGUGUCGUUUCAAUUCUUCCAAAUAUUUAUGAUUGUCAGGCUGAUUGUAGAAAUGGAUAUAUUAAGAUGCUUGCCGAGCAAGCUGAUAAAUUUAAGCAGAAACAAUGGGGAUGGUUAUGGGCUGAAGGUGGUUCACAACUUGCUGUUGAAGAUGCUCUUGACAUUGGUGGUUUUGGAUAUCCUGCAAUGGCUGCCGUCAAUUACAAAAAGAUGAAAUACUCAAUCUUACGUGGUGCAUUCUCAAAGGAUGGAAUUUAUGAAUUUUUACGUGAUCUCUCGUUCGGACGAGGAAAUACAGCACCUGUUAAAGGAGCACAAUGGCCAAAUAUUAAUACAAUUACACCAUGGGAUGGCAAGGAUGCUGAGCCAAUUCAAGAAGAAGACAUUGAUCUUUCAGAUGUUGAAUUAGAUGAUAUCAAAGAUGAGCUUUAAGUUAAUUUAUAUUAAAUUCUUAUUGUUUUUGUACUGCAAGUCUUUCCUUAAGUAAUAAAAAGUCCUGAUUUUUAGUGAUUUAUUUCUGUGCUCCCAACAAAAUGUGAAAAAUAAAAGAAUUACCUUAAUUUUAAUACCUU